AACUCCAAGUCGUCUCCCCCUCCUCCUCUAUAUAAACGCUUCCAAGUAACCCACACCGAGGCUCGCAAGGCCAGUUGAGACCAAACGAAAAUACCACCAGUUCACAGCCACCACAUUGCAGAACAGCAAGCAACCACAAGAAACAGAGGAAACCAUGGCAGCGGUUGCCGUCAGCGGGCACUGGAGGAAGCUACAGACGUUGGGCCGCGGCGCGUCGGGCGCCGUUGUGUCUCUCGUGGCGGACGGCGGGUCCGGCGGGCUGUUCGCGGUCAAGUCGGCUGCCGCGGCGGACGCGGCGCUGCUGAGGAGGGAGCACGGGAUACUGGCCGGGCUGUGCUCGCCGCACGUCGUGCGCUGCAUCGGCUGCGGCGAGGGGUUGGAUGGGUCGUACCAUCUCUUCCUCGAGUAUGCUCCCGGCGGGUCGCUCGCUGACGAGGUCGCCAGGAAUGGGGGCCACCUCGAGGAGCGCGCCGUCUGGGCGUACGCGGCGGACGUGCUGCGCGGCUUGGCGUACCUCCACGGGAAGUCGAUCGUGCACGGGGACGUCAAGGCGAGGAACGUGGUGAUCGGCGCCGACGGGCGCGCCAGGCUCGCCGACUUCGGGUGCGCGAGGACGGUGGGUUCCGCGAGGCCGAUCGGCGGUACGCCGGCGUUCAUGGCGCCCGAGGUGGCCCGCGGCGAGGAGCAGGGGCCGGCGGCAGACGUGUGGGCGCUCGGCUGCACGGUCAUCGAGAUGGCCACCGGCCGCGCCCCGUGGAGCGACAUGGAUGACGUCCUUUCCGCCGUUCACAGGAUCGGAUACACGGACGCCGUGCCGGAGGUGUCGUUCUGGCUGUCGGCUGAGGCAAAGGACUUCCUGGCCAGGUGCUUCGUAAGAAACGCCCGAGAUCGGAGCACCGCGGCGCAGCUCUUGGAGCAUCCGUUCGUGACAUUAGCAUGCCAUGACGAGAAGUCUCAGUGGGUGUCUCCCAAGAGCACGCUGGACGCCGCAUUCGGGGAGUUAGAGACCGACGACGAGGCAGACGAAAUGGCAGAGAGCCCGGCCGAGAGGAUAAAGUCAUUGGCCGGCUACGUGUCGACCUUGCCGGACUGGGAUUGCGAGGAAGGAUGGAUCGAUGUGCUCGGCGAGGACAACGUGGUCUGCGGCGUGGUCCAUGUGGCGCGCAGCGCGCCAAGCAAAGUGUCCAGCGCCGCGGCGGUGCCAGCUGGAGAGAUGGCUGUCGGCGGUGGGCACUCCAGUGAUGAACUGGAAACAGAUGAUGUGUCGUUCGGUGGCGACGUUCUAGAAACUUACCCUUCAGUUGAGUGUCAGACUAAACGCUGUUUGAGUUCAGACUGUGAUGUACUCUCAUUUGAAUUAGUACUUUGUAACGGAGUUAAUGCAAUAAAGUUAUGGUUUCCCACAAAAUUUGAUGUGCUGCUCUGCUUAAAUCCCCCUGUUUAUACUCUGUUCUCGCCUAAUUUUCAUCAGUCUGCAAGACAAACCACUUUCUGUUCCAUGCUUAACACUCGCACUCACAAAUAUGGAAUUAAUCUACCACAGUAG